AUGUUUUAUUUUUAUUUUUUAUGUUUUAUUUUUAUUUUUUAUGUUUUAUUUUUAUUUUUUAUGUUUUAUUUUUUAUUUAAUUUAUUGUAUUUUUAA